AUGCGCAAGCACGAUAGAAAAACAGAUUCCAACGGGCAAACAGGGAGCACUCCCCUUGACAAGGACGACAUCGCGCUUCUUAAAACAUACGGACUCGGCCCUUACUCCGGAUCUGUUAGAGCUCUUGAAGCCGACCUCAAAGACAUUGCUAAGAGAGUAAAUGAUUUGUGUGGCAUAAAGGAAUCAGAUACUGGCCUGACGAUACCCAGUCAAUGGGACUUGACACAGGACAAACAGACAGUCCAAGAAGAGCAGCCUUUACAGGUUGCUAGGUGCACAAAAAUAAUAAGUGCGAACACCGACGAAGCAAAGUACAUGAUUAAUGUCAAACAGAUAGCGAAAUUUGUUGUCGGUCUUGGACAACAUGUUGCACCGACUGACAUCGAAGAAGGAAUGCGAGUUGGCGUGGACCGCACGAAGUACUUUAUCCACGUGCCCCUCCCUCCAAAAAUCGAUCCUUCUGUAACUAUGAUGACAGUUGAGGAGAAGCCCGACGUCACAUACAGCGAUGUCGGUGGAAGCAAGGAUCAGGUCGAAAAGUUACGCGAGGUUGUUGAAUUGCCACUUCUACACCCAGAAAAGUUCGUGCAGCUUGGCAUUGAUCCACCAAAAGGGGUGUUGUGUUAUGGGCCGCCAGGAACCGGCAAGACACUGCUUGCUCGUGCAGUAGCAAACCGCACAGAUGCAUGCUUCAUCCGAGUUAUAGGAUCCGAAUUGGUUCAAAAGUAUGUAGGAGAGGGAGCUCGACUAGUUCGUGAAUUGUUUCAGCUGGCUCGCAGUAAAAAGGCUUGUCUGAUUUUCUUUGAUGAGGUGGAUGCCAUCGGAGGGGCUCGAUUUGAUGAUGGACAAGGUGGCGACAACGAGGUGCAGCGUACAAUGCUCGAGAUAGUUAACCAGCUUGACGGAUUUGAUGCACGCGGCAACAUCAAGGUGCUAAUGGCUACAAAUCGCCCAGAUACUCUAGAUCCAGCACUUCUUCGCCCGGGUCGGUUGGAUCGUAAGGUUGAAUUCGGGUUACCAGAUCUCGACUCUCGCACUCAAAUAUUUCGAAUUCACUCUCGUUCAAUGGCUGUGGAAAGAGACAUCCGCUACGAGCUUCUUUCUCGACUUUGUCCGAAUGCCACCGGUGCUGAGAUUCACUCUGUAUGUACCGAGGCGGGUAUGUUUGCUAUUCGCCAACGGCGGAAGACUGUAAGCGAAAAAGACUUCAUCGACGCUGUUGCUAAGGUGAUAAAAGGAUACCAGAAGUUCAGUUCAACUGCUAAGUAUUUGGCAAGGCAAAUUUGUUUUUUAUCCCUCUAUUUUUUUCUUUUACUAUGAAAUGAAUGCAUCCAUGAGGCACACGCUGAUGUAAUGAUUUAUGCGAUGGCCCCAUAUGAAGCAAUACAACUAACAACUUCUCAGCAUGAAAAUGCUUCAGGAAAGCAAGGUGCAACAGAUGACCAGCGGUGGAGCUGCUGUGCCAUGCUUACAAAUGAACGCACGCCCGCUGCUUUUUAAUUACAAUUUGCUUUCUUUUUCAUUUCGUGCCAUCAAGAACUUGAUCAAUCAGACCAUACUCAGCAGCCUCCCAGGGAUUGAAAUACUUUGGGCGAUUUAUAUCGUUCUCAAGAUCUCUGACAGAUUUCCCAGUACUUCUACCAAGUAACUCGAGCGUUUGUUUUUUCGUGUUUCUUAUUUCUUUGCGUUGAAUCUCCAACUCUGAAGCCUGGCCUCGAAAUGCAUUAAUCGGUUGCUUGAUCAUGAUGCUGGCUGAAGGAAGGGCAGCUCGGUGACCCUUCUCUCCGGCAGCAAGUAACAUCGCUGCUUCGCCCCAAGCAGUCCCAACAGCUACUGUGUGAACAGGAGGAGUGACAUAUCUGAUAGUGUCAUAUAUUGCAAAUGCCUCUGUGUCAUAACCGUAUUUCUGUCCCUCCUUUGACGUCCCCGUUGAGUUUAUGUAGAGGUAGAUUGGCUUUAAACUAUCUUCGUAUUGUAAAUAAAGAAGUUCUGCGAGUAUGAGCUCUGUGACUGAUGGUACGAGCGUCAUUCCCAGGUACACGAUGCGCUCUUUGAAUAUAUAUGACGGGAGAUCGGGGGGUGACUGCGUAGAUGCAUCGCCUUGU